AUGACGGUAAAAGUACCUGAAAAGAAAGACAUUAUAAUAGAUCUGUCUCAGCUACAAUUGUUAUUUGAUAAAUUGACCAAAUCCUUUAAGGAUAUGACAAAAAGGAUUAUUACAGCUAGUAAACCUGAACAAAAGGAACUGAACCUCAUAGUAAUCAGAAAGUUUCAUGAACAAGAAGACGAAGACCCAAUUGAAUGGUUUGAAAACAUGAGAAUACUAAUUUGUCUCAAAUUUCGAACAGUGAUUACAAUAGCCACUGGGUAUCUCAGUAAAGACUGGUAUCGAGAAAAUAAGAGCAAUAUUAGAAAGUGGAAUGAUAAAGACAACCCAGACGAAAUUGAAACCAGUGAAAAGCUUCCUGCCCCAUAUGUUGUACAAAUAUUUCUUGGUCAAAGUCAGAGAAUACUAUGGACAGCAGAUGUCGCAACUACCUCAAAGAACUGUAAGCAAUAUGGAAACUCUAAUAAAGGCAAUAAACGAAAUGUCUAUCAACUAUGCAAAUAUGGUGAUAUUGGAUACACAACAAAAAAAUUGGAAUUAAAGAAAAACUUAUCAGCCCAAUCAAAGGAAUCAAAGCAACCAAAGCAACCAGCAUCCACGAAAUCUCGACAUU